AUGGCAGGACAGCUCGUGCCCCCUACGGAUCCCUCUUCCUCCUGCGUCCUGAAUUUCUAUCACCUUACCCCCCUUGAAGAUCCCCAGGCGACAGUCGAGCAGCACCGACAGCUCAUAGAGAGACUAGGGUUGGACAUCCGCGGCCGCAUCUACAUAUCCUCGCAGGGAAUUAAUUCACAGUGCGGCGGCACGGUUGAGCAUGCGACGGCCUAUGCUGAAUGGAUCAAGCAGCAACCAGGUUUCCAGGGCCUGCGCUACACGCUAUGGCCCGCGGACGGCCAUGCCUUUCCCAAGCUGCGCCUCAAGCACAAGCCCAACCUGAUCAGUCUUGCUGGGGGAAUGGAGGGCCUGCCCAUCACCGACCCCGCCGCGCGCGCCACGCCGCUGGAGCCCAGCAAGUGGAAGGAGAUGAUAGCCCAAUCGCAGGUGAUCGGGAAGGAAAAGAAGAUGGUGGUUCUUGAUGUGCGCAACGACUACGAGUGGGAUGCGGGUCAUUUUGAGGGCGCAGAGCGGCCCGCUGAGGAGAUCUUUGCUGAGACACCCGUGGGCGAGGGCGAGCAGGAGGUGCCGGUCUACCUCCAAGAAGUGGACAAGGAUACGCCCGUGCUGAUGUACUGCACUGGUGGCAUACGAUGCGACGUGUACUCGACGUUCCUUCGGCACAAAGGCUACAACAAUUUGUACACGCUGGAAGGCGGUGUGCAGAAUUACCUGCGACAAGAGGGAGGGGCGCAUUGGAAGGGCAGCCUCUUCGUGUUUGAUGCGCGGAUGGCCAUUCCCGGCUCCCAUUCAGGCGACGCGGACGCGAACCUCCCGGUCUCCGCGCCCCGCGCGGGUGUGACUGCAGAGUCGCGCGCGCUGCCCGCGGCCGUGCCUUGCUCGCUGUGCGGCUCCCCUGACUCGCAGCUGCCUCAUGUCAAUUGCGCCAACAUUGAUUGCAACGAGCUCUUCAUCGCGUGUGCCGCCUGCAAGGCGCUGUUAAAUGGAUGCUGCUGCGAGGCAUGCAUGGAAGCGCCCAGGCUGCUGCGCCCCGCUAAGGUGGACGGAGGUCACUACGGUGCGUGGGGCAACUACGCGGACCGGGAUGAGGUGGGACCCGUCAUAUCCCAGGGCCGAACGCGUGAGGGCCGCGUGGCGCGUCGAGCGCGGCGGCGGGAGGCCCUCAAGGAGAAGCGCAUGGAGUUUGUGGCGGAGAAACUAGCGCGAAAGAAGAUGGUGCGUGAGGCCAUGGCGCGUCUGGAGGCUCUCGAAGCACAAGCCGAUCACCCACAGCCGACGGAUGCGGAGCCGAAGGCGCGGCAGAUGGCUUGUGCGCCAUAAACGGUUGUACCAGCUGGCGUACCAGUCCUUGCAUCGCCCGCAAUCCUACCUGCGCUCGGGGAGCCCCUACAACGCCCUGCCGCGUACCAACUGCUCUAGACAAAACCGAAGCCGAAACUGCAGCUACAGCAGAUGCAGUUGUACUGGAAGUAGCAGCUCAGGAAGCGCAGGCGCAGGUGCAAUACUUUGACCCCGAAUAUCUAGAAUGGGAUGUACGGCUCGAUGAGGAGGAUCAGAGGCGAGGUCAAGUAGCUGCCAUCACCCUCGCCGCUGCAGCGCCGCCGGCUGCCCUCAUCGCACAUGAGCCCACACUCUUCUAUGCCCCAUGCUGUCCACGAGUGGUGUACGACAUGAUUGUACGGCACAACUUGGCGGUAGGCGCGCUGUGCAACGUAGCCUUAGUGGGCAACAGUCCCAAGGCGCAGGCAGAUACGGCAAUUCCGAUGAGGGCUUUCGGUGGUGGCUUCGGUAGCGGUUGCAAGCCGAGGGCGGCUGGUGUCGGCGGCAUCGGCAAGGGAUUUUCCACGGCUGCUGGCAGUGGUGGGAUGGGAUUAGGGCAGGCAGAUACGGGAUUUAAAGGCAAUGGGCAGGGCUGCAUGCUUCACUGGGAGCCCGUGUGGAGCCCUGUGUCCUUCACAGCCGGCUGUCAGGUGCUAACCACCUGCCUGCCACAGUGCUGCCACCGGCAUACCGGGACUGCCUGCAAGCCAACCGACCAAGACCACAGCAGCAUAGUCUGCCAACUGGACAUAUGUGCCGAGCAGGACGAGUUCCAGGCAUGCGGUUACCGGUUCCGCCUCUUUGCUUGCAAAAUGUUCGCCUUCAACCCCAUGUCCAGCGAUGAUGUCAAAAGUUCAGAAAUGUUUGGUAAGACACAUCUGCCACGGCAAUACCAGUAGUCGCCACAGCCUGUAGCCACAAUAAUGCAGUGAAGCGAUAGGCAUACACCACCACCUUCGUCCGCUGUACAUAACCCUCUGUAAGGUCAGAAAUUCCCCUUCUGGACACUUCAUGACCCGCUCGCCAACCACGACGCAUCGUCUUGAGCUACCUUGAGCAAUCCACACUCAUGCAGAUUUUCCCAGCCCAGCGUCCCGAAGGUUAAGGUCCUUGAUGCCCGGAUGAAUCAGUGUUCCUCCCAACCAUGCGACGGGCAAGGCGUGGAAGAAGACAAGUCCCUCGGGCAAGUCGCACAAGUUAUAAGUGCCGAAGUCAUCAUACUAUACCACGCCAUGUCACCACCUCGGCAGCAGCGUCCGGCGGCCCUCUCAGCCACCACAUGCAUUAUAAUAAAUGCAUAUGGUCAAAGGCUGCCAACAGCCGCGUGUACCAUGGCUACGCAGAGGAUGUUUUACGCAGUCAAGCAGCGACCCCAUUCAGCUGCGCGGGCGGAGGAGGCCCCAGCCCAUAACGGGGGAGUUGCGCUCUGCGUUCCUCAAUCGAGAACUCGUCGUCUGUCCAGACUACCACCGACCCAUCAGCGGUCGCGGCU